AUGGAUUUAUGGGAGAAAGAUUAUCAAAAAGCUUUAGAAAAUGGGAAGGAAAUAAAAAAAAUUUUAAGAAAAAAUGAAAAAGAAAAGAAAAAAGCUAAGAACAGAGCAAUUUUAAGAGGAAAAAUAACUGAAUUUAAUCAAAAUAUAAAAUUUCUAACACAUCAAUUAAAUAAUGACUAUAUAAAGAAUGAUAAAAUUUAUCAACGGAAUGAAGCAAAAUAUAAAAGUAAAAUAUCUAUACUAGAAAAACUGAAAAAAGACAUAUCAAUCUUAUACGAAGAUUUCACUUUAACAAAUGAUGGAGAAGUUUCAUUUAGUAUAAAUAUGGAGAAUUUAAAUGGUUUUGAUAAUGAAAAUGAUUUAUAUAUAAAUGAUUUAAAUAAAGAAGAAUUAUUAUUAAAACAACAAAGUUUAAUAAAAUUGCAAGAUGAACAAUUAAAUUUUCUUGAGGGAACUACACACAAUCUAAAAAAUAUUAGCUACAGCAUAAAUAAUGAAUUAAAUGUACAUAAUGAGCUAUUAGAUGAUAUAGAUAAAGAUAUAGAUGAAACAAAUAACUUACUAAAUAGAAAUAGAAACAUUUUUACUAGAGUUACUAGUAAUACAAGUAAUUAUUUUUUGUAUGUAAUAAUUGCCAUCUUAACAACUACUCUUAUAUUAUUUAUAAUUAUACUUUAG